UGAAAUCGGUGAAGAAAAACCACCUGAAAAUCGCUAGAAGAGAGAGCAGAAGAGAACCUCGCUCUUAUGGCUCCUCACUUCGUCUUCCCCAGAACUCUUGGAGAUUUAGAAGAAGAGAAUGAAAGUAACUGCCUCUGCGCUCGGAAUCCCAUCGACAUUACUUCUUUUCGUCCAUCCGAACUUGAGGAGUACGUCAAAGGUGUUUCGUUUGACCUGUCAGAUAAGGAGCUGUUUUGUAUAGAAGAGCAAGAUGUGUUCGACAGUGUAUACUCAUUGAUCAAGGGAUACUCAGGUCUCCCCCCAUCUUGUAAAUUCAACCUUGUAGAGAGUCUUCGAUCCAAUCUCAGUGUUCUUCUCCCGAAUGUUGAUUCAAUCUCACGGCUUUCGCAAGAUCAGGAUGGUGAUUCUCCAAUUCUUGAUCGAGUUGGGUCACAUCGUAAUGCUUUUAAAAUCUACACGUUUUUCCUGUUUAGUGUAAUUGUUGCUGAGGAGUCAAAGGUUAGCUCUAAUAAUAAUUCAAAGGUGAUUGCAAGUUCCAGAAAGAAACUUCUUGUAAACUCUUGGGACUGGGAAUUACAAAGGGGCCGCAUACUCAACUUGAUUGCAAAUUCGUUAGAGAUCAACCUUGCGUUGCUCUUUGGUUCAUCAAAUCUCGAUGAAAAUUGUGUUUCUUUCAUUGCAAAGAAUGCUUUUUCUUUGUUUGAAAAUGCUGCAUUAUUGAAAGACUCUGAUUCAAAAGGCGCUCUUUGUCGUAUAAUUGGGGCCUGUGCUACUAAAUAUCAAUACUUGGCACAGUCAUGUGCUUCAAUCAUGCACCUCGUACACAAAUACGAUUUUGUUGUUACCCACAUUGCUGAAGCAGUUGCCAAUGCUGAGAAGAAGUAUGCUGAUGGGAGCCUGAGCAGUUCCCUCAUUAGAGAUAUAGGCAGGGCUAAUCCAAAAGAUUUUGUGAAGGACACAGUUGGGGCUGAAAAUGUUGGUCGUCUUAUGGUGGAACUUGCAGAUCGGAUGCCAAAGUUGCUCUCUACCAACAUUGGAGUCCUGGUCCCGCAUUUUGGCGGUGAAUCUUACAAGAUAAGGAAUGCUCUUGUUGGGGUCUUGGGGAAGCUGGUUGCCAAGGCAUUUAAUGAUGUUGAGGGUGAAUUGAGUACUAAAUCUGUUCGUCUCCGAACCAAACAAGCUAUGCUUGAAAUAUUACUUGAGCGGUGCCGAGAUGUUUCAGCAUAUACUAGGAGUCGGGUUCUUCAAGUUUGGGGUGAGCUCUGCGAAGAACAUUCUGUUUCAAUUGGCUUGUGGAAUGAGGUUGCUGAAGUUGCUGCCGGAAGGUUGGAGGAUAAGAGUGCAAUAGUCAGAAAGUCUGCACUAAAUUUACUUAUCAUGAUGUUGCAGCAUAACCCAUUUGGUCCUCAACUUCGAAUAGCUUCCUUUGAAGCCACUUUAGAACAGUACAAGAAGAAGUUGAAAGAGCUUGAACCAGAAAUUUCUUCGAAGAGUGUUCUGGAUGUGUUUCCAUCUGAAAGUGAAACCUUCAAUGAAGAUGGCGAGGUUGAUGAUGCUAUUGCUGACGGAGGGACCGAGGAGCAGAAGGAAAGCUUAACUGAUAGUUUCUUGUCCAAUAUGGAAGAAAAUAUUAUUCAGAAGGAUACCACCGUGCCAGAUGUUGGGAAUGUGGAACAGACCAGGGCCUUAGUUGCAUCCCUAGAGUCUGGUUUGAGGUUUUCCAAGUGCAUAGCUGCCACUAUGCCAACCCUUGUCCAAUUGAUGGCAUCAUCUUCUGCUACUGACGUGGAGAACACAAUUCUCCUAUUGAUGAGAUGCAGACAAUUUCAAAUUGAUGGUUCAGAAGCUUGUCUACGAAAGAUGUUGCCUCUGGUUUUUUCUCAGGACAAAUCCAUAUACGAAGCUGUGGAGAAUGCCUUUAUUACAAUUUAUAUAAGGAAAAAUCCCGUGGAGACUGCUCAGAAUCUUUUGAACCUUGCAAUAGAAUCAAAUAUAGGAGACCUUGCAGCUCUGGAAUCUAUAAUUGGUGUAUUGGUAUCUAAAGGUGACAUAACUACUGGUGCGAUGUCAGCUUUAUGGGAUUUCUUUUGUUUUAAUGUAAGUGGAACCACUGCAGAACAAAGUCGUGGUGCGUUAUCUGUCAUUUGCAUGGCUGCUAAGUCUUAUCCUGAGGUUCUCGGCUCUCAUUUACAAGACAUUAUUGAUAUUGGGUUUGGUCGUUGGGCUAAAGUGGAUCCUUUGCUUGCUAGAACAGCUUGCAUUGCUCUUCAGAGAUUAUCCCAGGAGGACAAGAAGAAGCUGUUGUCUAGUAAUGGGACCAGAGUAUUUACUACUUUACAAAGCUUAAUUACUGGGUUUUGGCUACCAGAAAACAUAUGGUAUUCUGCUGCUGACAGAGCAAUUGCUACAAUAUAUACAAUUCACCCGACCCCAGAAACAUUGUCUGCAGAUUUGGUGAAAAAAGCUCUCAGUUCUGUGUUUGAAUGUAGUGGAGGUGAGGAUUUGCAGAAUGAGAUAGAUGGUGGCAAUGCUGCUGUGCUUACCACAGUUCAAGCAGCAAAGCUUAGUCGAUACCUAUUUGUUGUAAGUCAUGUUGCCAUGAACCAACUGGUUUAUAUUGAAUCUUGUCUUCGGAAGAUCCAGAAACAGAAAGUUGGGAAAGAGAAGGAUUCUGAAAAUCAGUCAGAGCAAGUUAAUGGUACUACUCCUGAUGACGCUCCAAAGGAAAAUGGAAUUAGUGCUGAGCUUGGCCUUGCGGCCUCUGAAGAUGCAAUACUUGAUACACUUUCUGAAAGAGCGGAAAAAGAAAUUGUUUCUGGUAGUUUUGAUGAGAAGAAUUUAAUUGGAUGCUGUGCACCUUUCCUGACAAAGAUCUGUAGAAAUUUCAGUUUGAUGCAAAAGUAUCCAGUACUACAGGCAUCGGGAAUGCUUGCUCUAUGUCGAUUUAUGAUAAUUGAUGCAAACUUUUGUGAGGCAAAUCUCCAGCUUCUCUUCACAGUUGUGGAGAGUGCUCCUUCAGAAACUGUUCGUUCUAAUUGUACUAUUGCUCUUGGAGACUUGGCUGUUCGCUUUCCUAAUAUCUUGGAACCAUGGACAGAAAAUAUGUAUUCUAGGUUACAAGACUCUUCAGUUUCUGUUAGGAAGAAUGCUGUUUUGGUGCUUUCUCAUCUCAUACUAAAUGACAUGAUGAAGGUGAAAGGUUACAUCAAUGAAAUGGCCAUAAGAUUGGAAGAUGAAGAUGAGAGGAUUUCAAAUCUGGCUAGACUGUUUUUCCUUGAGUUGUCAAAGAAAGGAAACAAUCCAGUAUAUAAUUUGCUUCCAGAUAUGCUUGGCAAGUUAUCUAACCAGAACCUAAAGCGAGAGUCUUUCUGCAAUAUUAUGCAGUUCUUAAUUGGUUCCAUCAAGAAGGACAAGCAAAUGGAAGCUCUUGUUGAGAAGCUUUGUAAUAGGUUUAGUGGAGUUACAGAUAUUAAACAAUGGGAAUAUAUUUCUUACUGCCUCUCUCAGCUUUCAUUCACUGAAAAGGGAAUGAAAAAACUCAUGGACUUAUUCAAAACAUACGAACAUGUCCUGUUGGAGGACUCUGUGGUGGACCAUUUUAAGGCUAUAGUAAACAAGAGCAAAAAGUUUGCAAAGCCAGAACUGAAAUCAUGCAUUGAGGAGUUUGAGGAUAAACUUAAAAAGUUCCAUAUGGAAAAGAAGGAACAGGAGUUGACAGCACGAAAUGCCCAAAUUCAUCAUCAAAAGAUUGGUUGCAUGGAAGAAUUUUCAAUGACUAAUAAUUCUGAAGGAGCUGAAUCUAAUGCUGCUGAAGAAAGUGAAGUCAUUGAUCCUUCAUGCGACGAAGUGAGUCGGUCCAUAAAUGUGGAAACAAAUUCUGGACAUGCUGAAUCAGAUGAAGAUUCAGGUACUUCUAGCAAAUUAAAGAAGUCAGAACCUAGUGAAAUCGAAGUUCAAUCGCCAAAAGUUAAUACAAGAGCCUUUGCAGCGGACUCCAAGUCAAAGACUAAGAAAAGCGACUUGAAAGCUCAGAAGUGUAACAAUAUUGCACCCACCAGAAGAACUAGGUCGUCAAAUAAAAGGUAGUAAAGCACGAAGUUAUCAAAUAAGCAAUUGUUUGUUACCCUUUCUUCCAAGCAAAAGCCGGUAUUUUGUAUUGUAUUUUGGAGUACGUGUCUAGAAAAAAAAGGCUAACCCAAUAGUGCAUUGAAAGCUUUUCCCUGUAGAUUUAUUAUAUUUUAUAAUGAAGUUACAAAAAACACGAUGUGGGUACACCAUGGCUCGUUUAAUAUCUUCUGUGCCAGACUGGGUAUUGUCUCUUGCUAAUAGAAACAUGUUCUUUGAAAGAAACAUAAUAGAAAGAUAAUUUUGAUUCUUGGGCAGA